AUGGCGAUUUUAUCAUCCCUGAAAAAAGCAUUUCCAGCGAAGGACAAGUUACGCCGACGUAGUGUUCUGCAUGCUGUGUACAGGCUAGCUGCCUAUUCCACAUCAAACAAUGCACCUGUAGAUGAGGAUCAAGAAGAGAGCUUCUUCCGGUUUACCCGUGGACGCUUUGUCUGUAACGAAGCGGAACAACAGAGGCAACGACAUGUCAAAUUCAACGUGGGUGAGCUAGCUACUACGGCAGCGAAGGCUAUCGGCGCGACGCGAUGCGUAAAAGUCCAAAAAUGCCCUGACGGUCUUUAUAAUAAAGCAUUCUUACUUACAAUGGAUAACGGUAAGGAAGUCAUUGGUAAAGUACCUAACCCUAAUGCCGGCCCGGCGCAUCUUACCACUGCCAGCGAAGUUGCUACAAUGGACUUUGCACGGAAUGUCCUCCAGACCCCGGUUCCUCAGGUUUAUGCGUGGAAUUCUAGAGUCGAUGAAGCUAACCAGGUCGGAGCUGAAUAUAUUAUCAUGGAAAAACUGCCCGGGAUCCCUUUAGGAGCAAAAUGGGGCUCACUUGAUCCCCCAGAUAAGCUUAAAGUGUUCUUACAAAUAUUCAAAUACCAGAAAAGAUGGACAGUAGUAAAAUUUUCUCAAUUCGGCAGUCUCUACUAUUCGAAAGAUCUCGCAGAUCGACCCUUGCCAGGAAAUAGUCUCUACAUCGAUGGAAAUAACCUGCCAGUACAGGACAGCCGUUUUGCUGUUGGUCCAACUGUUGGCCGUGGUUGGUUACAUGAUAGAAAGGAGAAUCUUCAGUGUGAUAGAGGGCCUUGGAAUUCUCUUUUAGAAUAUAGUCUGGCAAUUGGACACCGAGAGGAAAUGGCAGUUAGGACAUUAAAACACGUUCCAAAACAGUGUAUCAUGUUUCAGGGUCCAGGAGCGUACCAACCUACUCCCAAGAAGAAACUUGCGGCACUUGAGUCAUAUGCUCAGAUCCUAAAACAUAUAUUACCAAGAGAAGCUUGCCUCGCUACGGGCUGCCUGUGGCAUAACGAUCUACACUACGAGAAUAUAUUUAUUGACCCAGAUAAACCAACAAAAGUCGUCGGUUAUGAAGGUCCUGAUGUUGGUGACGAUCUUCAACGACCUACUCUCCGCGAUGAUAUUAACUCCCUUGAUCAAAAUAAAAGGGCCGCCGCUAUUAAAGAUUUUUAUAACACAUGUGUUAUGGUAGGGUGGAGGAUGCUCGUUAGAGCAAAUAAUCCUGACCAAUACGCAGCAAUUAGGUUCCAGCAAUCGAAAGCCGGGGAGAUAUUAGGUCUUUCGAAAAAUCUAUUUAUACUCGGUGAAGCGCAUUUUCGAGCUCUAGUACUUGAUCUAAAAAAUGAAUGGGCAGAGCUAGGCAAAGAGUUCCCUCUGAAGGUCUCUAAAGCAGAAAUUGAAGAAAUAGAAGCAGAUGUGGAAGCCGCUGAUCUAGGGGUCGAGGUUAUGAACGGGAUUGUUGAGAGGAUGGGCGAUUUGUGGCCUGAUAAGGGUCUCAUCGAACAUGAAAACUACGAAGCAGCUAUGGCAAUGCUACGGGAUAUCAAAAGGGAGCUUAUGGAGCUGGUUGUGCACUCCGCGGCGGAUAGGAAGGCUUUUGAGACGUUUUGGCCUUUUGACUGCUAG